AUGGAAAAAUCCAAAAAUUUCCGCAUCGACGCCUUGCUGGCGGUGGAUCCCCCGCGAGCCGCCUCCACGCAGAGCGCGCCUCUGGCCUUGGUCACUUCAUUGGCGGCCACAGCAUCUGGCCCCGGCCGCGGCGGCAGCGGUGGCGGGGGCACUAGUAGCGGGGCAAGCCGCAGCUGCAGCCCCGCGUCUUCGGAGGCUCCCACGGCUACUGGCGAUCGGCUACGGGCUGAGAGCCCGUCGCCCCCGCGCUUGUUGGCUGCACACUGCGCGCUGCUACCCAAGCCGGGAUUCCUAGGCGCCGGAGGAGGCGGCGGCGCGGCAGGUGGGCCGGGCACUCCCCACCACCACGCGCACCCUGGAGCGGCCGCAGCCGCGGCUGCCGCUGCGGCCGCCGCCGCUGCUGGCGGCCUGGCACUAGGGCUGCACCCAGGGGGCGCGCAGGGAGGCACGGGCCUCCCAGCACAAGCGGCUCUCUACGGACACCCGGUCUACAGUUACUCCGCCGCGGCUGCAGCGGCCGCCCUAGCGGGCCAGCACCCGGCGCUUUCGUACUCGUACCCUCAGGUGCAGGGCGCGCACCCUGCGCACCCUGCGGACCCCAUCAAACUGGGUGCGGGAACCUUCCAACUGGAUCAGUGGCUACGCGCGUCUACUGCGGGCAUGAUCUUGCCCAAGAUGCCGGACUUCAGCUCCCAGGCGCAGUCGAACCUCUUGGGGAAGUGCCGAAGGCCUCGCACUGCCUUCACCAGCCAGCAGCUGUUGGAGCUGGAACAUCAGUUCAAGCUCAACAAGUACCUGUCGCGGCCCAAGCGGUUUGAGGUGGCCACCUCGCUCAUGCUCACUGAGACUCAGGUGAAGAUUUGGUUCCAGAACCGCCGAAUGAAAUGGAAACGCAGCAAAAAAGCAAAAGAGCAGGCUGCGCAGGAGGCGGAGAAGCAGAAGGGCGGCGGGGGCGCGGGCAAAGGCGGCACAGAGGAGAAGGCGGAGGAGGAGCUGCUGGGGCCGCCGGUUUCGGUGGACAAGUCUAGCGGCCGUCGCCUGCGGGACUUGCGGGACAGUGACCCGGAUGAGGACGAAGAUGAUGAUGAGGACGACAACUUCCCCUACAGCAAUGGCGUCGCCAGUGCCCAUGCCGCCUCUUCCGACUGCUCAUCCGAGGACGACUCGCCUCCCCCAAGGCCAAGCGGGCCAGGGCACCAACCUCUGCCCCAGUAG